AUGAGAUAAAUAGUGGGAGAAUUAAAAGGCCAUACAAAACCAAUUUUAUUCUAUUAAUAGGAUAAAAAUAACAUAAAUUUAUUAAUAAGUACCGCUUUAGAUGAAAAAAUAUUGAUUUGGGAUUUGAGUAAGAAUUCAUUAGUUUAUCAAAAAUAAUGCGAAAAUGGUUUGGCAUCAGCUAUUGCUAUAAGUUAUCCUCUUUAUGCACUAUCUUAUUAAAAGGAUGGUAAAACAAGAAUAGAAAAUGCAAAAGAAUAAUAAAAUUCAAUAAUAUUAACAAGAAACUUGAGGGAAGUAUUUUUUUUGGAAUUUCAUAAAGAUAAUUUUAUUCUUAUUGGAAGUCAUGAUUUAAAUAUUAGCAUUUGGGACUAUAAAAAGUAAAUUAUUGUUAAGGCAAUUAAAGUUGAACCAAUUUAAGAAUUAAUUCUAAAUAAUUAUUCACCGGAAUAGUUGGUUCACAUAUCAUAUGCUGGAAUAAUUAAAUUCAUCAAUUUUGUAAGAAAUAAAGUAGAAGGUACAUUUAUGGUACCAGGAGCAUAUGAAAUUCAAUUAUCAAAGAACAAAUUUUUCUAAGUUGUCACUUCCAGACCUCCAGAUAAAUUUGUACUAUUGAAUAAUAAAAAUAAAAUAUUAAGAAUAUUAAGAUUCCCUUCGUCAAACCUAAUUUAUUCAAAAACUAAUAAUGAUAUAUAUUUUAAAAAGUUAAAUUUGCUUUAAAAACUUAAUAUCAUAACUUGGGAAGAAACAACUCUUUUUAAUUUAUUGCCUGAUGAAAGAUUUGACAUAUUAAGAUAAGGAGAUAUGUUAAUAACUAAUCAUGAGAAAUUAAUUAGAAUUAAAGUAUGA